ACGUCUCUCAAGAGAGGAGAGACUGUCUUUAAAGAGACAAGAAGACCACUCAAGAAGGAGUUUGUGCCUGGACCCAAGGAGAGGGUGACACAGACAACCAUGCCUGAACCAGCGAAAGCGGCAGGUAAAAAGGGGGCAGCAGCCCCAAAACAAGCUGCUAAGCCGGCAGCAAAAGAGGCCCCAGCACCACCUCCACCACCAGAAGAAGCACCUCAGGACAUCCAUGAUGGGGGAUUGCCACCAGAUGAUACAAACCCUGAAGAACGUACUCCUGAACUAACAGGGCUGUUUAUAGUUAAGCCAGACAAUCUCACAGUAGAAACAGGAAAAGACAUUAUUUUAACAUCUACUGUUGAUGCCAGUCAACUGAGCGUGAAACCCAAUAUUAAAUGGUUCAAAGGGAAAUGGCUGGAAUUAGGGAGCAAGAGUGGCACUCGGUUCCAGUUCAAGGAAACUUUUGACAAAGAGAAGAAGGUGUACCAAUAUGAAUUGAGGAUUAACAAAGCAAUAGUUGCAGAUGCCGGUGGCUACAGGUGUGAAGUCAUCUCUAAAGACAAGUGUGACAGCUGCACAUUCAAUAUUGAAGUGGAAGAGGCUGCUAAAGAUGAAGGAAACCUUUUGCAAGCUUUCAAAAGAACGGGUGAAGGAAAGAAAAGCGAGGAUGCUGGGGAGCUUGACUUCAGUGGUUUGCUCAAGAAAAGAGUGGAGGAUAAGCAAAAGGAACAGAAGAAAAAAAAGGAUGAGGAUGACUGUGGUAUUCCUCCAGAUGUCUGGGAGCUGCUGAAAAAUGCCAAGCCCAGCGACUUUGAACGUAUCGCCUUUGAACAUGGCAUCACUGACCUCCGAGGCAUGCUUAAACGUCUCAAGAAGGUUAAAAAGGAAGUGAAAAAGAGUGAAGCAUUUGUAAAGAAACUGGAACCUUACUACUCAGUGGACAAAGGCAACAGAGUUAAGAUGAUAGUGGAAAUCACCAAUCCCGAUGUUCCAAUUAAGUGGUUUAAGAAUGGGCAAGAAAUAAAACCCAGUGCCAAGUUUGUAUUUGAGAACAUUGGCCUAAAAAGAGUUUUGACCAUCAACAAAUGCACUUUGGCAGAUGAUGCCGCUUACGAGUGUGUCAUUGGUGAUGAGAAAUGCUUCACUGAACUCUUUGUUAAAGAGCCCCCUGUUUUAAUUACCAAACCACUGGAUGACCAACAAGCAUUUGUAGGAGAGAAAGUUGAACUGGAAGUUGAGGUUUCAGAGGAGGGAGCACAAGUUAUGUGGAUGAAAGAUGGAGUUGAGCUGACUCGUGAAGAGACCUUCAAGUACCGCUUCAAAAAGGAUGGUAAAAAACACAUUUUGAUCAUUAACGAUUCAACAGUGGAGGAUAGCGGACGCUAUCAAGUUAUGACAAAUGGUGGAAAGUGUGAAGCUGAUCUUCAAGUAGAAGAAAAGCAACUGGAAGUGCUCCAGGGCAUUGCUGACCUGACAGUGAAAGCAGCAGAACAAGCUGUAUUUAAAUGUGAGGUUUCAGAUGAAAAAGUUACUGGAAAGUGGUUUAGGAAUGGCGUGGAGAUUAAACCCAGCAAACGUAUCACAAUGACACACAAGGGCAGGAUCCACAAACUAGUGAUUGACGAUGUCCGACCAGAAGAUGAAGCAGAUUACACCUUUAUUCCAGAUGGAUACGCCUUGACUCUUUCUGCCAAACUCAACUUCUUAGAGAUCAAAAUUGUCUAUGUACCCAAACAAGAACCCCCCAGGAUCCAUCUUGAUUGUUCUGGCGGACAACAUGUCAACACCAUUAUCGUUGUAGCUGGAAACAAGUUACGGUUUGAUGUCCCAAUUACUGGCGAGCCAGCACCAACUGUUGCAUGGUUCAAGGGACCUGCGGAAUUCUCUGAAACUGAGGGGCGAGUACAUAUUGAGAUUAAAAAAGAGAUGAGCAGCUUUAUCAUUGAAGGUGCAGAAAGGGCUGAUGAAGGAAGCUAUAACAUUGUGGUGACCAACCCUGUUGGAGAGGAUAAAGCCACUCUGAUUGUUAAAGUUGUAGAUGUUCCUGAUCCCCCAGAAAAUGUUCGUAUCACAAGUGUUGGUGAGGACUGGGCUAAUGUUAUUUGGGAGCCUCCAAAAUAUGAUGGAGGACAGGCGGUAACAGGAUAUCUUAUUGAAAGGAAAAAGAAGGGCAGCCAGCGCUGGAUGAAGAUGAAUUUUGAAGUCUAUACUGGCACUGAAUAUGAGUCAACAAAAAUGAUUGAGGGAAUCUUGUACGAGAUUAGAAUCUUUGCUGUCAAUACCAUUGGCAUCUCUCAACAAGCCAAUACCUCCAAACCAUUCAUGCCAAUAGCUCCUACAAGUGAACCUCUACAUUUGACGGUUGAGGAUGUGACAGAUACCACCUGCACUUUGAAAUGGAGGCCACCAGAUCGUAUUGGGGCUGGAGGAAUUGAUGGCUAUCUGAUUGAGUACUGCAAAGAGGGCUCCAAUGAAUGGAUUCCAUCCAACAAAGACCUGGUAGAAAGAUGCGGCUACACUGUGAAAGAUCUCCCUACUGGAGAAAAAAUCUCAUUCCGAGUGCGUUCUGUGAAUAUUGCUGGACUCAGUGAGCCAGCCUACAUGGCCCAACCAGUGACUAUACGGGAAAUCGUACAGCAACCCAAGAUUCGCGUACCCCGUCAUCUCAGACAGACUUUCAUUAAAAAAGUAGGGGAACAGGUCAACCUAGUUAUUCCCUUCCAGGGAAAACCAAGGCCAGUGGUGACAUGGACAAAAGAGGAAAAGCCUUUGGACCCUAAGCAAGUCAGUGUCAGAAUCUCAGAAGUGGACUCCAUUCUCUUUAUCAGAUCUGCAGAAAGGGCUCAUUCAGGAAAAUACGAACUCUCAGUUAUGAUUGAAAACAUGAAAGAUACCGCAUCAAUAAACAUUCGCAUUGUGGAAAAACCAGGUCCGCCUCAGGCAGUUACAGUCAAAGAAGUCUGGGGUUUUAAUGCUUUGCUGGAAUGGCAACCCCCCAAAGAUAAUGGAAACUCAGAAAUCACAGGCUACACCAUACAGAAAGCAGACAAGAAGACAAUGGAAUGGUUCACUGUCUAUGAGCACAACCGUCAAACGCGCUGCACCAUCUCUGACCUCAUCAUGGGAAAUGAAUACUACUUUAGAGUGUACAGUAGCAAUAUCUGUGGCCUAAGCGAGGCUCCUGGUGUCUCCAAGAACACAGCUUAUAUUCAGAAAACAGGACUUAUCUAUAAACCUACAGACUACAAAGAACAUGACUACAACAUGGCUCCCUUGUUCCUCACUCCUCUGAUAGACCGCAUUGUUGUUGCUGGGUACAGUACAGCCUUGAAUUGUGCUGUAAGGGGUAAUCCAAAGCCUAAAGUUGUCUGGAUGAAAAAUAAAGUAGAAAUUAGAGAUGAUCCCAAAUUCCUCAUGAAACACAACCAAGGUGUCCUUACCCUGAAUAUCCGUAAGCCAAGCCCCUUUGAUGGUGGAACCUACACCUGCAAGGCCGUCAAUGAAUUGGGAGAAGCCGAGGUGGUCUGCAAGCUGGAAGUCAGAGUUCCCCAGUAACCAAGGCUGUGUUCAUAUGAAUAACAAGUGACACAUUGCAGGUUUUGGAUGAGUUAGCUGCUGUUUAACUCCAUCAUGUCAUCGAUGGAAAUGAGACUUGUCUCCACCUGUUUGUAUGUGAUUUAUGCUUCCUCCAUUGCGCAUCUAUGUGUGCUUGUAGACUUGGGCACAUGAGAGAUUAUUGUGACAACCCGUGGAUUAUCUCCCUUUCUGUUUCCUUUAAUUCUUAUGUUGUUGAAGGGUCUGGCUAAAUGCAAACAUGCUAUGCGCACAACAGGAUCAAAGUAGGAUCAUAGCCCCUGCUUGCUUAGAAACAAUGAUAUUUACAGGUUUAUUAUCAUUUGGAAUAUAGAAACUCUACACAUAAAAAAACAAGAUGCUUUGUAGCCCUAUGCUAUGCUUACAGAAGCUGAUUUAUGAACAUACGUGCUAAAUUGCACCAGUGCAGUUACCCCUAGCAACCAAUAAGAUCUCUGCUUUUAUUUCGCUACUUGUAGGUAGCUAAUGCCAAGUACACUUGUGCCAUUAGAGCCAUAUGAGGCCUAUAGUCUUGCCAUUUAAUGGGUAUAUCAUCAUUAUCCUUGUAUUACUUCUUGGGAAGCAAAGUGCACAGUCAUAUUAAUUGGAAUUAAUAAUCCAGGUAACCAUUAGUGUUUUUAAUUAAUUUGUUGAGACUAACACCAGGGGUGUUAUCAGAAGCAUAUAAAUGUACUUACAUAGAUAAUCUGUUAAAGUAAAAUGUAUGGUAGAACCUAGACACAAGAGAAAAGUGCAUUAAAAUGGCUACAAUCUGUGUCAUGCUCAGCUUCAUAAAUAGUUGUCUUAACUGCCUAUAAAGAAAAGGGAGAUGUACAUGGAGUUCAUGUUAACCUGGGUUCCUUAAUGCUCUAUGAAGCUGACAUGCUCACUUCGAUUAAGUCAUCCUAUAUCAGGACUAUUCAGCUGGAAGUCCUAUGGCCACCUCCAACCCUCCACAAAAUGUUGAUGUCCCUUAUCUUGGCGGAGAGUAGCCUCCACUCAUGAGAUAUAAAUGUGGAGUACAGUUGUCCUGCCAUGUGGAAUGAGUUGGCUAGCCCUGACCCCCAUCAACAUUUCUUUAAAGGGAUUCUGUCAUGAUAUUUUUUUUCUAAAUUAAAUUGUUUCACUGCAAAUAAUUCACUCUA